AUGUUCUUCUUCCUGCUCAACCUGGCCCUCAGCGACCUGGGCUCCAUCUGCACCACUGUCCCCAAAGCCAUGCACAAUUCCCUCUGGGACACCAGCACCAUCUCCUACUCAGCAUGUGCUGCACAGGCUUUCUUCUUUCUUUUCUUUAUCACAACAGAGUUUUCCCUCCUGACCGUCAUGUGCUACGACCGCUACGUGUCCAUCUGCAAACCCCUGCACUAUGGGACCCUCCUGGGCAGCAGAGCUUGUGCCCACAUGGCAGCAGCUGCCUGGGCCAGUGCCUUUCUCAAUGCUCUGCUGUAUACAGCCAAUACAUUUUCCCUGCCCCUGUGCAAAGGCAAUGCCCUGGGCCAGUUCUUCUGUGAAAUCCCACACAUCCUCAAGCUCUCCUGCUCACAUUCCACCUUCAGAAAUAUUUGGAUUUCAUUGCUUGGUGUCUGUUUAAGUUUUGGCUGUUUUGUGUUCAUGGUUUUCUCCUAUGUGCAGAUCUUCAGGGCUGUGCUGAGGAUCCCCUCUGAGCAGGGACGGCACAAAGCCUUUUCCACCUGCCUCCCUCACCUGGCUGUGGUCUCUCUGUUUAUCAGCACUGCAGUCUUUGCCUACCUGAAGCCCCCCUCCAUCUCCUCCCCAUCCCUGGAUCUGGCAGUGUCAGUUCUCUACUCAGUGGUGCCUCCAGCCCUGAACCCCCUCAUCUACAGCCUGAGGAACCAGGAGCUCAAGGCUGCCCUGAGGAAAAUGAUGACUGGAUGA